AGUUAGUUGGCGGCCAUUUUGGAUCUACCAAUCAAGCAAACCACCCUUACUUUUGGGAUGAGAGGGAGGACUUUAACCGAAUUUGAGUCUUUCGGGGUACCAGCCCCAUCGGAAACCGGGGCAGUGCGUGUCAGAAGCCGAAAAUCAACAGGAACCCAAGCCGCCAAAUUUGGCUGCAAAUUCUGAGACCGGUUUUUACGUGAACUCCUCCAUCCCCUAUUCCUUGUCUGAACGUUCUGUAUAUUUGUUGAGGACCUGUGAACUAUCGGAACACCGUUUAUUGAGCUUUACAAUAGAUUCGUUUCCGAAAAACGGAUUGUUACAUUUUGGAGCUCGGGGUUAUGGUUUGUUUUUGGACAACUUUUUUGGGGGGGAAUUGCCUUUGUCGCAAUCUGUCCCAACGGUGUUCUGUACAGUAAUGCGGUUCGAUAAUUUAUUUAAUGAAUCGGUGUUAUAGACAUCUUCCGGCGUAUGUUUUGCUGGAACUUGGCUGUGGCGUUGCGUUAAUGUGGGAGAACGACUCCAUGAUCUUAAAUAUCAGUUCCAGACCUGCUUUACUGUCGUUAGACUAAGGUGCAGCAAAAGCAAAAAGCAGACGCAGAACCACUUCGGGGAUCAAGAAAUUAUUAAAAUGUCAACCAGAACGCCACUACCUACUGUCAAUGAGCGUGACACUGAAAAUCACACCUCGCACGCUGAUGGGCGCAACGAGGUUACCACGCGACCCGACCGCUCGGGCUCCCGCUGCCGGAACUCUAUCGCCUCGUGUGCCGACGAGCAGCCGAACAUCGGAAACUAUCGGCUGCUCAAGACCAUCGGCAAGGGAAACUUCGCCAAGGUCAAGCUGGCACGCCACGUCCUCACGGGCAGAGAGGUUGCCAUUAAAAUCAUUGACAAGACACAAAUGAAUCCUACCAGUCUUCAAAAGCUCUUCCGAGAAGUCAGAAUAAUGAAGAUUCUAAACCAUCCAAACAUUGUGAAACUGUUUGAGGUGAUAGAGACUGAGAAAACUCUCUACCUGGUGAUGGAAUAUGCCAGUGGAGGGGAGGUCUUUGACUACCUCGUAGCUCACGGGAGGAUGAAGGAGAAGGAAGCCAGGGCUAAAUUUAGACAGAUUGUGUCAGCUGUGCAGUACUGCCAUCAGAAAAAGAUUGUACACAGAGACCUGAAGGCUGAGAACUUACUCCUGGAUGCCGACAUGAACAUCAAGAUCGCCGACUUUGGCUUCAGUAACGAGUUCACAAUGGGCAGUAAGCUGGACACAUUCUGCGGCUCCCCGCCCUACGCCGCCCCAGAGCUGUUCCAGGGAAAGAAGUACGACGGGCCCGAGGUGGACGUCUGGAGCCUGGGAGUCAUACUGUACACGCUCGUGUCAGGGUCGCUGCCCUUCGACGGUCAGAAUCUGAAGGAGCUGAGAGAGCGUGUUCUGAGGGGUAAAUACCGUAUCCCUUUCUACAUGUCCACCGACUGCGAAAACCUCCUCAAGCGCUUCUUGGUGCUCAACCCAUCCAAGCGUGGUACACUUGAGGUGAGGGAGGAUGUCCAAAAUCAAAUCAUGAAGGACCGGUGGAUAAACGCAGGCCUAGAGGAGAAUGAACUGAAGCCAUUCAUGGAGCCAGAACAGGACAUCACAGACCAGAAGAGAAUAGACAUCAUGGUGGAGAUGGGCUACACUCAAGAGGAGGUCACUGAGUCUUUAACCAAGAUGAAGUACGAUGAGAUCACCGCCACCUACCUGCUACUGGGCAGGAAGUCCACAGAGUUGGAGGCCAGUGACUCCAGCUCUAGCAGUAACUUGUCUCUGGCCAAGGCGCGGCCCGCCAGCGAGCACAACAACAAUGGCCAGUCUCCGGCCCACCUCAAGGCCCAGCGGUCCAUCUCCGGCACCCAGAAACAGAGACGCUACAGCGACCAGGCCGGUCCGUCCAUCCCCUCGGUGGGCUACCCCAAGAGGAGCCAGACCACCUCAGCCGACAACGGCGACUACAAAGAGGACGGGGGUGCUCAGACCCGGAAGUCUGGUUCGUCGGGUGGGCGCAGUGGCGGCAUUGCCCCUGCCAGUCCUCUACUGGAUAAUGCCAACAACCCCAACCAGGCCGACAUCCCCGACCACAAGAAAGGCUCCACCACACCCAACGCUAACUCAGUGUCAGGGGGCAUGACGAGGAGGAACACGUAUGUGUGUAGUGACAGGAAUGCCUCGGACCGCCACUCUGCUGUCAUCCAGAAUGGAAAAGAGAACAGCACAACGGCGACGUCCAGUCAACGGAACGCUGGCGGCGCCACGCCCCCCGACCGGGUGCAUUUCCCCCGUGGCACGGCCAGCCGCAGCACCUUCCACGGCGGCCAGCUGCGGGAGCGCCGCACUGCCACCUACAACGGCCCGCCUGCUUCGCCCACGCUCUCGCAUGACGCCACACCCCUCUCGCAGUCCCGCAGCCGCGGCUCCUCCAACCUCUUCACCAAGCUCACCUCCAAGCUCACACGCAGAAGCCCAGCAGAUUUUGAGAGAAACGGGAGGUUGGAGGGUUCAAGUCGCAACAUGUCAGGUGAUCAGGAGGACCAGCAGCAGCCUCAGCCCCCCCACGGCCAACACCCCAAGGACACCAAGCCACGCUCCCUCCGCUUCACCUGGAGCAUGAAGACCACAUCGUCCAUGGAGCCCCACGACAUGAUGAGCGAGAUCCGCAAGGUGCUGGACGCCAACAGCUGUGACUACGAGCAGCGCGAGCGCUUCCUGCUGCUAUGUGUGCACGGUGACGGCCACGCCGAGAGCCUGGUUCAGUGGGAGAUGGAAGUGUGCAAGCUGCCGCGACUCUCACUCAACGGUGUGCGCUUCAAGCGGAUCUCGGGCACAUCCAUCGCCUUUAAGAACAUUGCGUCCAAAAUCGCCAACGAGCUCAAGUUGUAGGGCCUCCUAAAGAUACGAGGGUGAGGGAGUGUUGAGCGAGCAGGUAAAAUCUUGCGAUUUGAAAUAGACUAAAGCAGGGAUAUUCAACUCUUACCCUAUGAGGGCCGGAGCCUGCUGGUUUUCUGUUCUACCUGAUGAUAAAUAAUUGCACCCAAUCUUGUGUCCCAGGUCUAAAUCAGUCCCUGAUUAGAGGGGAACAAUGAAAACAUGCGGUGGAACUGGCUUUGAGGUCCAGAGUUGUAUUUGACAGGACUAAAGGAGGCUGCGUAACGUGGGGGAAAGAAAGCGCUUCAAAAUGGACUGAACGAGCCGUACAGUCGUUAUAAAAAAAACUUAAGUCGCAAAUUCACAACGGUUUUCCUCCAAGACACUUACAAAGUAUGUAUUGAAAACUAUGUAUAGCUUUUGGCAAUCAUUUCCUGCGUCUUUGGAGCAUUAUCAUUGUUGAUGAUGUGAGAGGUGGUCUUGAGCUGUCGGGACGUUGGUCUGACAUUGACAUUUAGUUGUCUUGUUUUUUUGCCGAACGCAUUAUUGCCAUUGUGGCUCUGGAACAGGGCUCUCCAAGCCUGCUCCCGGAGAGCUAUCAUCCUGUAGGUUUUUGCUACAACCCUAAUAAUUAGCUGGUUGAUUAGCUUACAUCAGGUUAGUUACAACUGUGGUUGGAUUGAAAACCUACCGGAGGGUAGCUCUCCAGGAACAGGGUUGGAGAGCCCUUGUCUGGAAGAUGCCUCCCCAUUGGGAGUUUAAGCUCUCAUACAAGGGAGGGAGUGGAGGAAGAACAUUAAAAAUGGACUCCUUCCCCCUCUUACAGAGUACCCAGAAUUCCUCUUGCCAAGAGAAUAUGGCUGCCAGAUACGAGUGGUUGGAUAGCCUAGCUAAUUGCACAAGUAGUUACGGUAUUAUUGUCAAAUACUGUUAAUUUUGGCAGUUUGCGCCCUCUACCCUUACUUAGCCAGCUUCUACACACUUGCACACACACUUUCAUUCUAUGAUUUGAACCGGUUGUUCAUCCAUGUGAUAACAGCAUAAAUGCAAUGUAUGGACCCAGCUAAGCCUCUGCUGUACGCGGUCACCCACUCCAGAAAGCAGGGCCUGGAGGAUGACACAUUUCGGCAGACCCACGAUUUAAAAUGGGGGAUUGUUGCAAAGUAUCAUGGGACUGGGUCACUCGCUACAAAAAAGACUUCAGGGAAGAUUUUCCUUCCUGGCAUAUCUGCAUAUUUAGUUUUUUUCCCCCUUUGUUACCAUAAUUGCUUCAACGGUUCUCUUCUCAGAUAUUACUGAAAUGCCCCCUUCUAUCUGGUCCCACCCACCUGGGCCGGUUCAGAUGUGGUCGGCCAUUCCUGGAACAGAUCGAAGAUCAACCACGGCCAUAUUCAGGCCUUCAGUAUUCACUUCCACCCUCCUAAAAACGCUGGCACGGUUUUUUUGGGGGGGAAUGUAAAUAAUAUACCUUAGUUUUGCAACAGCUGCAUAUUGAUAUACUUCCUUGUUUUUUUUUAUUGAGCCCAGAGCUGUGGAAUUAGUGUUAACUCAUUCAUCACCGGGUAAGUUUAACACGUGUCUCUAUUAAAAUACCUUCAGUGACUAGCCUCUGUGUCUGACUGAAUCCAUGGCAUCUUCAAGGGUUGUGGGUUCGAUUCCCGCAACGAAUGUGUUGACUUCAGAAGUCGCUUUAGAAAUGAAGUGACCAUAUUCUCUCUUGCAAAAGCUAUUUGGUCAAUAAAGUUUUAGAUGAAAAUGC